AUGAACCCUGCAUAAAGUGCGCGCGCGAAGAGCAAGCUUGUUGCUUGAAAGCAUGACACUCUGUGGCUCUGUCCAACCCGCACAGUGCUGAAAAGAUAAUAUAGGACAACAACAAGGCGUCUCAACAGAGUUUUCAGUGAUGAAGACUUCGAGAUGGCAAAAUAAACCCAUCCUAUAUACCUAUUUGAAGCGAUGCCUACAUGAAAAUCCCUUUCAAGACUGCUGCUUUCUCUCGGACCGGCCGUAAUUGAACUUCAUCUUCUUCUAUUAGAAGAGAGCGAGAGUGGAUCCUUUUAGGUGCAAGAGCGGCUGUCUGCAGAAAUGCCAGCCAACCUCACCGUCUCAAACAACACCGUGCUAGUUCUGGGUGCCGAAAUUAACACAGCACAAACCCGGGACACCGACUAUAACUUCCCUGCACUGAUAUCCGGAAUAUUGCUAAUUGUGGUCAUAAUUUGUGGAAAUGUGCUUGUGUGCCUUAGCGUGUACAGGGAAAAAGCUUUGAAAACUACAACCAACUACUUCAUAGUCAGUCUGGCUGUGGCUGAUUUGAUGUUGGCAGUUUUGGUUUUGCCACUGUUUAUAUAUGUUGAGUUCCAGGGUGGUCUAUGGACAAUGAACAUGCAUGUCUGCGACGGCCUGAUGACCAUGGACGUGAUGCUGUGUACGGCCUCCAUAUUCAACCUCUGCUCCAUCAGCAUCGACAGGUUCAUUGCUGUCUCCAUUCCACUCAACUACAAUGUUAAGCAUGUUGAUCAGAGACAGAUCUUCCUGCUCUCUGCCACGUGGAUCCUGGCCUUGGCAGUGGCCUCACCCGUCAUGUUCGGCAUCCAAAACGUCCCCCAGCGGGACCCUACAGAGUGUAAACUGGAGGACGACAACUUCGUGGUCUACUCCUCCGUCUGCUCUUUCUUCAUCCCCUGUCCCAUCAUGCUCCUUCUCUACUGCGGCAUGUUCCGGGGCUUGAGGAGGUGGGAGGAGGCACGCAAGGCCAAGCUGAGGAGCAGCAUCCAGGCCUGUAGGAAGUUCCAGGACGCAACUGCCUCCAUGCCCCCACUGGACUCCCUGCCUCCUCCUCUACCCCCCAUUAUCAAGAGGGAGGAGCUCACAGACAUGAAGCCAGAGCUAAAGGAGAUUAAUCUGGAAGAGCUGGACCCUUACCCUCCAGAGUCUCCAGACGGCCCCUAUAAUAACUCCUCACCAGACACUCCAGACCGCCCCUAUAACAACUCCUUAACAUCUCCAGAGUACAAGGACGGCCCCGUGCCCACGGUGGUGGCCUACUCUAACAUUAGGUACAACCUCCACCCCCAAACUGGCCCUCACAAGAAGAAGAGGGCCAAGAUUAAUGGCCGAGAGAGGAAGGCCAUGAAGGUGCUUCCUGUCGUUGUGGGUGCCUUCCUGUUCUGCUGGACCCCGUUCUUCGUGGUCCACACCAUGCAGGCCCUGUGUGCCACCUGUUACAUCCCCCCAGGCCUGAUGAGCAUCGUCACCUGGCUGGGCUACGUCAACAGCGCCCUCAACCCCAUCAUCUACACAGUUUUCAACACAGAGUUCAGGAACUACUUCAAGAAAUUCCUCCACAGCUGCUGUACAUACUGAUAGACAAGGCGAGCACAGCUAACCUGGUCCCAAAUCUGUCAUUAAGACAAGCAAAUCCUAUGGUCAUUGUCACUCCUAUGGUCAUUGGCAACACAGCAAAAACAGAUCUGGGACCAGGCUAAGGCACCACCGCCGAUGAAUGGACAAAAAAGCACAACGAACAAUACCAUUGUAAAGAUGUUAUGAUAUCAAAUUUGUGCUUUGCUGUACCCCACUUUGGAAGAAAAAAAAUCUGUUGAUAAAUGCUUGUGAUUUAUCCUAUUGUGACAGCAAUGUUGUUUGUCAACUUGCCAUAUGUUGUUUCCAUGUUUUAUGUGGAAAGCUUUGUGGUAAGGAAUUGCAUUGAAUCCCUCCAACUGAAAAAGGUGCUCAGAAAUACCAGCAAGGCAUCCAUUUCUGAGGUAAAUAAAUUGUAUCGUUAAGAUUAUUUUCUUUACUUAAAUGAGGACUUCUGUCCCUAAACUGUGUGGACAUUGAGGGAACACUUUGUAUUCAGCACCACCACUGCAUCACACCUACUGCGUCAUCGACAAAA